GAAAGGGGGAGUGUGAGUUUCUUGGCCCGGUUGGCAGGUGCCUUCUCAAAGGCCCCAUCGUCCUCCACUUCCUGAGGAGGCAGCAGCAGAACAAAGCUAGCAGAGACUUCUUUUCUUUUCUUCGUCCAGCCACGACUGCCUCAGCCUCUGCUUCCUGGCACCAUCCUGGGGAAGGACAAGAUGAAGUGGACAGCACUUGUUAUCGUGGCCAUCCUGCAGGCACAGUUUCCAAUUACAGCUGCGCAGAGCUUCGGCCUGCUUGAUCCCAAACUCUGCUACCUGUUGGAUGGGAUCCUCUUCAUCUACGGUGUCAUCAUCACUGCCCUGUUCCUGAGAGAGAAGUUCAGCAAGAGCGCGGACGUCUCCGCCUACCAGUCGGGCCAGAACCAGGUCUAUAACGAACUCAAUAUCGGACGAAGAGAGGAGUAUGCGGUCUUGGAUAGAAGAGGGGGCCUGGAUCCUGAGAUGGGGGGAAAACCGAGGAAGAAGAAUCCCCAUGAAGUCGUGUACAAUGAGCUGCGAAAAGACAAGAUGGCAGAGGCCUACAGUGAGAUUGGGAUGAAGGGCGAGAACCAGCGGCGAAGAGGCAAGGGGCACGAUGGCCUUUACCAGGGACUCAGCACGGCCACCAAGGACACCUAUGAUGCCCUCCACAUGCAGACCCUGCCGCCUCGCUAACAGCACUAGAGAUUUCACCACCCACAGGCCAGACCUGCAGACACCGAUUGUUCAAGACCCAAGAAAAGCAUUUACAACCCGUUUUACUCGUAUUUCUCUACCACCCAAGUAUUCCUCUUUAUGAACAGGAUGCUUCCAGUUGUAACAUUUGGUCAUAUUCCCAUUCCAAACUGUCAGAGUUCUUCCCUGGACGCUAGGAGGGAGUGUGUCCCCCAGGCUUUAUCCUUGAGGAGCCUGCUGCGAGUGCAGCAUGCUGUGUUCUGGUUUCCCAGAGGCCGUGGGCCGGCCCGGCUCUGUGCAGCUCCAGGCUCUGACCUGGGAGACGGGCACCCUCCUUUUCACACACACAGCGGGGUUCAGGCUAAAUCCCCAAAAGAACCCCAGAUGUUAGCGCACACUCAUCAUCUGUAUUGUUGUCAGUAUUGGAAUGGCUUCGCUUCUGCUGUAAAUUUGGCUUCUGUUGUCAGCGAACCCUCUCAUUUCUUGGUGACUGGGCUGGGGAGGCUGUUCUGCCACCCCGUGAAGGAUCCAGGCAGAGGGGAAGAUGGGAGUUGGUAGCAGCCAGAGGAGGCUGAAGAGGGAAGCAGUGGUGGCUCAGGGAUGGGAGCAGGGGAGCCAGAGGCCCGGGAGGGGGGCAGGAAAGGACCCCCCCUGCAAUCAAGCAUAUGUUCCCCGUUAUAGAACUUGUGUGCCAGACCCUGUGGGGACCAGAAGAUAAAGAAGCCUAUCUUUGCCCCCGUGGAGCCCACACUCUCACAGGGCAGCAAGUUGUGAAGAGUCUGGUGUGAGAGAAUGUUAGGCACUUGCUCACCUCACACUGCGUUCAAGACAAACCUGUCACGGGGAGACCUCCAAGGGAGACUUGGCACCACUCAGCCCCAGAAAGAUCCCACAGGACAGUGGCACGGAAGCGCCUCGGCCGACUUAGUGCGACAGUGCUGUGUAAUAAAGUGCAUGUGGCCACGGAUGGAAAACCCUCUCUGCUCUGCUUGGUCUUAAUUUAUACUGGUUUGCUAGAGCCUUAAUCUUCUGCGUAAUAAAGGCUUCAGUGCAAAAUGCCA